GUUUGGUCCUUCGAAUUUCAAGUCCAAACGCUGGAAUAAAGCAACUACUUUGACACGAACGGUGGAAAAACAGAUUCACCCGUUGAUCUAAGGGACUACAGGUGGUACAGGAGCUCGUUCAGGACAUCAGGAACCAAAGCAGACCGAGACAUCAAGAUGACACACCUGCACGCCGGCCUGAGCUCCGAGACGACGGAGAAAGCUCGUUUGGAGCUGAACGAAAACCCGGACACUCUGCACCAGGACAUCCAGCAGGUGCGGGAUAUGAUCGUGACGCGGCCGGACAUCGGUUUCCUGCGGACGGACGACGACUUCAUCCUUCGCUUCCUGAGAGCCAGGAAGUUCGACCAGGUGGAGACCUUCAGACUGCUGGCCCAGUACUUCCAGUUCAGACAGCAGAACCUCGACAUGUUCCAGAGCUUCAAGGUGGAUGACCCUGGUAUUAAGCGAGCGCUGAUGGACGGUUUCCCGGGCGUGUUGGAAACUCCAGAUCAACACGGUCGAAAAAUCCUCAUCCUGUUCGCUUCCAACUGGGACCAGAGCAGGAACUCGUUCACAGACAUCCUGCGGGCGAUCCUGCUCUCUCUGGAGGUCCUGAUAGAAAACCCGGAGCUUCAGAUCAACGGCUUCAUCCUCAUCAUUGACUGGAGCAACUUCUCCUUCAAACAGGCGUCAAAGCUCACGCCCAACAUCCUCAAACUGGCCAUCGAAGGCCUUCAGGACAGUUUUCCCGCUCGGUUCGGAGGAAUCCACUUUGUGAAUCAGCCGUGGUACAUUCACGCCAUGUACACCAUCAUCAAACCGUUCCUCAAAGACAAGACCAGGAAAAGGAUCUUCCUCCAUGGUAACAACCUGAACUCGCUCCACCAGCUCAUCCAGCCCGAGUGUUUGCCGUCAGAGUUCGGAGGGACGUUGCCGCCGUACGAUAUGGGCAUCUGGGCCCGAACGCUGCUGGGACCCGACUACAACGACGAGACGGAGUACACGCUGACCUACGACGCGCUGCACGUCAGGGAGAACUGUGGAGGAGGAGGAGGAGACAAAGACAUGAUGAAGAGGUCUCAGUCGGCGGUUGAACCGGGGACGCUGCGACAGACUGACAGAGAGACCAGCACGCCGCUGCUGGCCCUGGACUGAACGCACACACACACACACAGAGUACACACACACACACACA